CUGGAGAGAGAGAUGCAGGAGGGUGGGUAGCGUAGGAAAACGAAAUAGUAAACUCAGAAAAUAAGGUGUAGGAGUGUUGGCGCUGCUCUGAGAGUGUGUGUGUGUGUGUGUGUGUGGCGCUGCUCUGAGAGUGUGUGUGUGUGUGGCGCUGCUCUGAGAGUGUGUGUGUGUGUAGCGGUGCUCUGAGAGUGUGUGCGCCCAGAGCGAGCCACCAUGCCCGUGACAUCACAGCUGUUCCGAGGCUUCCCUCGGGCGAAGCUCUGGGGUUCCUUCCUGUUCCCAUGCCAACGGCAGCCCCCCUGCCGCCCCACCUCCCACCGGCCCACCUCGUCGCAGCCCCACCCCAUAUGGCCGACAGCCAUGCCCGUGCGUGGCUAUAGGAGGAGCCCUGACCUCCACAGCUACAAUCUCACCCCCCCACAGGUCAACUCAAUCCUCAAGGCCAAUGAGUACAGCUUCAAGGUUCCAGAGUUUGAUGGUAAGAAUGUGUCGUCGGUGAUGGGGUUCGACAGUAACCAGCUGCCUGCCAACGCACCCAUCGAGGACCGGCGCAGUGCUGCCACCUGUCUGCAGACGCGGGGGAUGCUGCUGGGAGUGUUCGACGGCCAUGCGGGCUGUGCCUGUGCACAGGCGCUGAGUGAGAGGUUGUUCUACUACGUAGCCAUGUCCUUGAUGCCCCAUGAGACCCUGUGUGAGCUGGAGUCGGCAGUAGAGGCAGGCAGACCCCUCAGCCCCAUCCUGCAGUGGCACAAACACCCCAACGACUACUUCACCAGGGAGGCACAGACUAUGUACUUCAACAGCCUCAGAACCUACUGGCAGGAACUCAUAGACCUCAGCAGUCCAGGGGAGAGCCUAGGGCCCAGAGAGGCGUUGCUGAGUGCCUUUAAGAGACUGGACAGUGACCUGUCUCUGGAGGCUCAGGUGGGAGAUGCCAAUUCCUUCCUCCACUACUGGGUUCUGAGAGUGGCCUUCUCUGGAGCGACUGCCUGCGUAGCUCACAUCGAUGGAUCCGAUCUGUAUGUAGCGAACACGGGCGACGGCCGGGCGGUGCUGGGGGUCCAGGAGGAGGACGGCUCGUUCAGCGCUCACACGCUCUCCAACGACCACAACGCCCAGAAUGAGAAUGAGGUGGCCCGCAUCCAGGGGGAGCACCCCCCCUCUGAGAAGAAGACUGUCGUACGACAGGACCGGUUGUUGGGCCUGCUGAUGCCGUUCCGUGCGUUUGGAGAUGUGAAGUUCAAGUGGAGCAUUGACUUGCAGCGAGGUGUGUUGGAGUCAGGACCAGACCAGCUCCAUGACAACGAACACACCAAGUUCAUCCCCCCCAAUUACCACACCCCUCCCUACCUCACGGCCGAGCCUGAGAUCACACACCACCGCCUCCGACCUCAGGACCGCUUCCUGGUGCUGGGUACAGACGGGCUGUGGGAGACGCUCCACCGACAGGAGGUGGUCCGGAUCGUAGGGGAGUAUCUAACGGGGGUCCACCAGCGCCAGCCCCUCACCGUGGGGGGUUACCAUGUCACCCUGGGACAGAUGCAGGGGCUGCUGGCUGAGAGGAAGGCCCGUGCCUCCUUGGCGUUCCAGGACCAGAACGCUGCCACCCACCUGAUUCGCCACGCGGUGGGCAACAAUGAGUUUGGAGCAGUGGACCACGAGACGCUGUCCAAGAUGCUGUCUCUGCCUGAGGAACUGGCCCGCAUGUACCGUGACGACAUCACCAUCAUCAUCACACAGUUCAACCCACACGUGGUUGGACACCAGCGCCAAGGGGGGGAGUCCUGAGCCAGCUCAGCCUAUCAGAGGGGAACGUGGACAUGAACAGGAAGUUUACUUUCUAGGAGGAAAAACACUGAUGUGAGGACUGGGUCUUGCUACAGAUACAUGGUUAAGCCCUAAUUUUUAUUUUACCAAAUGCGCACAAAACAUACUGUUUAUGGACUAACCCUGCAGAGGGAGGACUGCCUACCUUCAGACUCCUUAUUUUAGGAUUGUUAUUGAAGAGGUGCGUGUACAUGUAACGGAUGUGAAAUGGCUAGCUAGUUAGCGGGUACGCGCUAGUAGCGUUUCAAUCAGUUACGUCACUUGCUCUGAAA